AAAUUCCUAGCUGAACUACUCACUAACUUAAGUUUCAUCGCGGCUCUAUAUUAGGUAAAAGAGAAAAAGAAGUCAUGAAACAGACCACCUAACCAAAAAAAACAACUCCUCCUUUAACGCAACUAAACAUAAAAUCCUUAACGUAAGUCGACCAGCAUACCUAUUUUAAGUAAACUGUUUAUCUUGCUUUACGUUCAGCUUUACCAGAUAAUAACAAAUAUUAUUACCACUAUCAUUCAUAUUUGCAAUGCCUUCAGAUGAUAUACCAGUUAGAGUUAACCAGAGAAUUCAUCCAACUUCCAUUAUCAUAGACAAGGCAGCACCAAAACCAAAAAAAGGCGACGCAAUGCCGCGGAAUCAAUCUGCUUUCCAACGACCAUUACCACCAGUUCUGUCUCUGGCUACACCGCCCAAGAGGCGAAGCUGCUGUUGCAGAGUCAUUUGCUGCAUCUUUUCUCUACUGCUUGUCCUGUUACUCGUCGUUGGCAUUUUUGCCCUUGUUUUCUACUUAGUCUUCCACCCUAAAGUCCCUGACUACUCGAUUGAUCGACUAAGAAUAACCGAUUUCAGGCUCAACUUGGACCUUAGCCUGUAUGCCAGGUUUAAUGUCAGAGUAACAGCAAAAAACCCGAACAAGAAGAUUGGGAUUUACUACGAAAAAGGAGGGAAAAUGAGCGUUUGGUACAAGGACACUAACUUAUGUCAAGGCCAUUUCCCAGCAUUCUAUCAGGGUCCUCUUAAUACAACAGCAACUGAUGUCACCCUUUCAGGGCAAAACCAGUAUGGGAACACUUUGAUGCAGGCGUUGCAGCAGCAGCAACAGACAGGAAACAUCCCUUUGGACCUCAAGGUGGAUCAGCCUGUUUCGAUUCGAGUCCAAAGUAUGAAGCUUGGGAAAGUGAGAUUUUUGGUUGACUGCAAGUUGACAGUGGAUAACUUGAGCUCUACAAAUCUUAUUAGUAUUAAAGCUAGUAGUUGCAGAAUCAGGGUUAAACUUUGAAUCAGUUGGUUUUUCCUAUCUUUUGGCAUAUUAACAAUUCAGAAAUAAGUAGUCAAUUCUUUUUUGUAUCAUUUGUUAUGUGUUCAUGUAUAUCUCACCUUUUUUGUUAUCAUUUUCAUUUUGUUCUUUGUCUUAUCAUUCAUUUAUCAUAUUUCAGAUGGAAUGCUAUUCCUUU